UUUUUUAUUGUACUAUGUAUACUGAUGACGAUUCUCUGUCCUAGCACCGCCGUGGGUUUUUGAACAGAGACUCCCAGAGCUGGUCCUUGGUCCAUAGUAGAGGAUUUAGAUACAUGUUGCUAGUGCCGCUGUUUAUUCUGUAUACUUGGAAAGUGUCCAUUUAGAUGAAUGCAACAGUCGCGGAAAAAAAUCUGCCAUAUGUGAUGUCACCUUUAGCAGACAAUAUGAUCCUGCAUUUUUCUGUGCACCUGUUUCCAUUCAAUUUAUCCAUAGCCAUGAUGAACCAGCAUUAAUAUCCAUGAGGUGCCUAGAUGAAUAAAUGUGUUGAUAGCUGUGUCAUUUAGAAAAAGAAGGGAUGGUAAAGUGAUACAAGCUCCCUCAUGUAAUUGUGACGUCCAUGACAGCUCUAAAUCAAUCCUUCAGUUUGCAGGAGCUUGGGGAUGAAAAUGUAGAACAACUAUAAGGAUCAGGUGAUUGGCAAACUUCAAUUCUCUACCAUCUGCCAUUGUAAUUCUUAGGCUAGGUUCAGACUACGGAAUUUCUGACAGAAAUUCAGACGUAAAAUUUUAGUCAGAAAUUCCGCUUGCUAAAAUCUCUAGUGUUUCUCUAGGAUUUGUGAAGCGGAAAAUCCGCUUAGAAAUUUCUGCAUGAAGAAAGGCGGUGCUCUUUCUUCAGACGGAUUUCCGCCACAGAAUCCCAUUGACGUUAAAGGGACUCUCAUUUCCUGGCGGAUUUUUUUUGGAACGCGGAACGUAGGCAGAUUGCAAGCGGAUUACAUGCGGAAAAUCCGGACGGAUUUGAGUCAGAAAUUUAAAUAUGAUCAGCCCACUGGUUCUUGAACUAGCCCACAUUCUUCCUUUUAAAUACGCCCCAUAUCCAGUUUGCAAUCUCCAUUUUCCUUUUUGGUCAAGGAGUUGUGCUUUUUCUUGUGGCUUGGUGUUUGGCUUCCUUUCAGCUCUUUCUCCACAUUAAUUUAAUAUAAUGUCUGAUCUGGCUUCUCCUGCAAUCAUUCCUGCCAAGGAACCACCAAUUACGCACUUGCAACCCCCUGAGAUGCGUGCUUUGAUGAACAUUUUGGUGAAUGUCUUGCGUCGUCGCAGGCAGCGUCAGUUGGAGGCCAGGAGUCUUCGCCUUUAUUGGGUUCACCCCAAAAAUCUGCUGCGUGACGACCGUGGUCAUAUUGGUCAUCUUUAUGCUGAGCUCAGACGUUAUCCGGAUAAAUUCUAUAACUUUGUCCGUAUGCCAAUGGAGGCAUUUGAUAAUCUUUUGGCCAUUGUUGGACCCCAUCUUCAGCGUUACCACACACAUUUGCGCAAAGCAAUCUCACCAAUGGAGCAUCUGUUGAUCACCUUGAGAUUUCUGGCUACUGGGAAAAGUUAUGCCUCGUGUUGGCAAAUCAACCAUCAGCGGUAUUGUGAAGGAAACAUGCACCAUGAUUUGGCAGUACAUGCAGCCAAUUUCAUUGCCCAGUCCAAACCAGGAGAGAUGGCUUCAGGCAGCAUCAGGAUUUCAGUCUGUUGCCCACUUUCCCAACUGCAUAGGCGCUGUCGACGGCAGAGGCCUACUUCAGUCCACUACUGGUCAUCCUACAAGUGUCACUCGCAGGGAAGAUUCAUGCCUCUACAGAAUAGUUUACAGUGCCUUGGAAGGACCCCUAGCUACCAGAACUACAAAUUCCAUCCGAUGCACUGGACAAGUAGAACAAUUAUUGCAAAAGUGCACAUAGCCUUUACAGUAGAGAAGAAACCAUCGGGUCAUCAUACCAGCCAGAAUAUAAUCAUGUAUGACUGCAGCAUCAUCUUUAUCCAAGCUGAAGGACAGGCAUGA